AUGUUGAGGACAGCUGCCCUAAGAGUCUCAUUUCGCGCGCCGGGUGCGCUUCCGGCUUUCCGCUCCUUGCAUACCACUGCGGCCUGCUCUCAAGAGCCUAUCCCAACGCAUAGCUUGUCUUCGACAGAACCAAUAACAUCGCUUGCCCAGCGGGGCUCAAACCAGCUGAGUUUGGAGACACCGAAGAAUGGGGCUGAAUAUGUGCUCUCUACUCUCGACAAAGUGGCCAACUGGGCUCGGCAAGGGUCAAUGUGGCCCAUGACAUUCGGCCUCGCGUGUUGUGCGGUGGAGAUGAUGCAUAUGGCUGCUGCGAGAUACGACCAAGACCGACUUGGGGUUGUUUUCCGUGCCAGUCCGCGUCAGAGCGACAUUAUGAUCGUUGCGGGAACAUUGACCAACAAAAUGGCGCCAGCUCUACGCAAAGUCUAUGACCAGAUGCCUGAGCCACGCUGGGUUAUCUCGAUGGGCUCAUGUGCCAAUGGAGGGGGUUACUACCACUACUCAUACUCAGUCGUCCGCGGUUGUGACCGAAUCGUUCCGGUCGAUAUUUAUGUGCCUGGUUGCCCUCCAACGGCCGAAGCGUUGCUUUAUGGGAUGCUUCAACUUCAACGCAAAAUGCGGCGAAGCCGGAAGAGUGUACUUUGCUCAUGGACAUCCCUCCCAGGUAUCGCAAAUAAGAAUCUGUUUAGCGAAAUCAGUCUAGUCACGCAUCAUCGAAUUCAUCCUGUCUCUCUCUGCCCAUCACUUACGAUGGCGGCGGUCCUCAACCCCCCCACCGUUGGCCCUGCUUUUCGAGCUAUGCUUGCUGACGGUGGAGAUUCGCGAUACCCUUCAACAAUUCGUGCCUCAACUAUGCCAGUUGCCGAAUCUUCUCGGAACUACACUCCUCACCACGCAAGCACCGACCCUUUUCCUACUCUACCAGAACCCAGGCAGUCGACAGACACCCGCCCUAUCUCUCCUGAGACCAAGGAUGUUUCACCCUCGUUACUACCGUCAGCCCCCCGCCAUCCAGCACUUCCCGCCCUUGGUGUCGGGUCAAGCUCAAAGCCAAAUUUCGUGCCUCCGAUAAUGCCGCUUUCAGCCAACCCGGCCUACAAGCCUCCCGUUUCUCCAACUCCUCGUGCCUAUGCACAACAGCCAACUUAUAUCACCCCUCCCACUGCCGCCAACCCAGUUGCUCUCUCCAGUCCACCCCAAGAGGAGGUCUGCGUCGAAUGUGCAAUGCGCGACCAAGACAUGAUUGACGUCGAUGUUACUUCUCCCGGUAUUUGGGACCGGGAAAGCGAUGUUGUUUUUGACGACCUACUCAGACGGGAAAUCGAGGACGAGGCGAAUGGCAAUGCCUUUGACGAAUCCAGGCCACGAGCGCGUGGUGGGCUAUUAACAGAGCAGAAUUUACGAGUUUGGCUCAGUGUGAACCCUCGCGAACCCGCUUCUAGACAGCAAACACUGAGCAAUUACAUCAAAUCCCAGCGAACGCUACUCGAAGCAGAGGCACUAGCCCGUGCUCGGGCCAUGCAAGAGGCCAAACAAAUCGACAGUCGCAUGAGAGACACCUAUUCACAGUUAAGGAGGUCCGUUUAUGACACUGGCAACAACGUAGUUCCGAUGGAAGAUGCUGGCGGUCUCCGCAUCAAGCCUCCUCAGUCACCAUCGUCGCCCAGCCACCCACGUUCACACUCUCGCGAAGUCACACUGUUGGAAAAUGGAAUGAUUGUCGAGCAUAUUGAUGUGCGGAAAGAGGAGAAGGAGGCGAGAGAACGCAGGCGCAAGGAGGAAAAGCGUGCGCGAAAGUCGUCAAGAAGUUCGGCAAUCGACGUCAACUCCAUCAUCUCUUCCCAAAGCUUCAAUCCGCUUACCGAUAGCGGCGUUGGAUUGAAACCGUACUCAAGAUACUCCCAAGCCAGUUCAGCGCGACCUACCAGCGUUUUAACUGCCCCUCUUGACCGCACCGAGCUCCCUCGUGCUUAUUCUCAGGCCUCCUUCUCUGAUAUUCAUAGUCUUGGCUCUGCGUCACCCCGAAGAACUCGCUUUUUCGGUAUGAAGAAUCUCAGUGCCGGUUGGAGGAGUCAAGAUAGUCUGGCUCCUUCAGGCAUUUCUGGAAGCAUGAUGGAUAUGCAUGUUGCUCUCCAAAACGAAACACAUCAGCCACGACGAAUGAUGUCUCCCAUUGACCUUUCCACAGCACGUCGAAGUCAAUUAUGGCCUUCGGUGGACCAAGACGAAGCACAAACACCUGAGAAAAAGAAGAAGAAAGGUCUGGCGAAAAUUUGGGGAAUCGUCACUGGUUCUUCCAAGCACCAAAACAGUCAACGAGAGCCUUCAGUCACACUGGAAGACAACACUCCUUUGGCUCCCCCGCCUCCACUCUCUUAUCUUGUACGGGGAGAGGGUGGUCGACAUGCUUCAACUCCAUCUUUACCGUCGACGACUUCUCCCAAAUUUGGAUUGUCUUCGCCGGGUAUGUCACCCCCAACUGCGCCAUCGAGCGCUUUACCGUCACCAGCCUCCUCACGUGGCCCUGACGUAGAAAUCGCCGAGCAGAGGACUUCAAAUGGAACCACAUUCGACGAUGAUCAGUAUGGGGACACUAUCGGAAAAACCCAAGCACGGACUGUCCACCCCAUGACAUCAGAACCCGACAUGAGGCGCGCGUCUCAAAGUCCUCCUCCAAUAUCCAUGCCUCCUCCAGUCAAAAAUACUGCUCGCCCUGAUUCAGUUAUAUCCUUCAGGGACAAGUCACUCCCGCCUUUACCUAUGGAGGCGUUUUCGCGACCUCCAGACGCCCGACCAAGAACUGUCAUGUCAUUUACUCCACCACCACUUGGCUCGGCACCUCCCCACGACUUUAUUCCUCCUCAGGCACCCUUCAGGACGACGGACACGCGAAGACAAUCGUUUGGUGGUAUGUCAUCACGACCGGCAAUUGCAACCAUGCCUGCUUCGGGAGUUUAUGACCCGCGGCGAGGUAUCACAUCCCAAUACGAUGAAUACGGCUUAUCGCGUCGGUCACUCGGCCGGCUUGAUAACGUGCAAGAGCAAGUUUCAAUGCGUAACGCGUUACAGAGCAACACGGGUAAACGACGGAGUCGAUUUGGGCUGUCGUCGUUGUUUGGAAAGAAAGGGUCCCAGAACAAGGCGGAUGAAAGCGGAGCGCAAGCGUUUCCAAGCAUGAGGCGGUCUGGGUCAGAGGCAGAGGAUACGGGCACUGCUUAUGCGACAUCGACAUCAAGACACAGCACGUUCAGUCUGGCCGGGCGGACGAAGAAACUGGAGUUGGUGUCACAGGAUUCACAGUUCGUUGCCUACCGCUACCCCACGAACGACCAGGACCCGCGUUUAAUGGGUUAUCCUUAG